AUGGCGUACUCGAGACUCUCCGCGCUAGCCUGCGCGUUGCCCCUGGUGGCGCUCGUCCUCACGUCGCUCUGCCUCAACGCCUCCGCCGAGCUCGCCGUCCCCGAGGCUGCCUCUUCCGCACUUGCCGCCGCCAUGUCCGGCGACCUGGCUCAGCUCGACGCCACCAAUUCUCUCAGCGACGACGCUGCGACGAGGAGGAUUCUCGACGACGACGACGAUGAUGAUGACGAAGACAAGAAGAAGAAGGACAAGAAGAAGAAGGAUAAGAAGUCGAAGAAGUCUCCUCCCACUCCUUCCCCUUCCACUCCCACCCCCACUCCCACUCCCACUACGCCCAACAAGAAGGGCGGCAAGAAGACUCCCCCCACUCCCACAACCCCCGCCACUCCCGGCAAGCCCGCCACUCCCGGCGCCCCCGGCGCGGGGAAGCCGGCGGUGAAGCUGAGCGGCGCGGACUCGAAGGUGGUAUCGCUGCUGGAUGCGGCGGCGGUGGACGUCGACAGCGCCAAGGCGAAGCUGUCCGUCAAGACGUACGUCAAGAGCUUGACGGACACGGCGGCGGCGCUGCGCAACGCGGCGAUUCUGAUCCGCACGGGGCAGCGCGCGCUGGUGGCGGGGCAGAUCGACAACUCGAUCGCCACCAUCAACGGCGUCAGCAUGAUGCUCCCCGCCCGCGGCGCCGACAAGAGUCUGCUCGCGUCCGCGCUCGGCAAGGCGCAGAGCGCCAAGGCCGCGUGGAAGGCACCCGGUGCUACCCCUCCUAUCCCCCCCUGCUUCUCCUCCUUUCCCCCCGGUGCUACCCCUCCUUCCCUGCUUCCCCCCAUCCCCUUCCCUGCUUCCCCCCAUCCCCUCCCCUUCUUCCCCCCAUCCCCUUCCCAGCUUCCCCCCAUCCCCUUCCCUGCUUCCCCCCAUCCCCUUUCCUGCUUCCCCCCAUCCCCUGGCACCCGCACUCUCACUCUCCUUUCCUCCCGCACUCUCUCUCUCCGUCCUCUCCCACUCGCACUCUCCUUCCCCCCACCCUCUGCCCAGUUGUCACCUGCCCUCCCAAUGCCUGCCUUUCCCUCCCUGCCCUGCGCUUUCCUUCCCCAUCCCUUCUCAACCCUUCCCUUCCUUUUCAUGCCCUCCCCUUCCCCCUCACUCCUCACCUUCCACCCUCUAGUUCCCAUGCACAGGGGGGAAGGAAGGGUGAUAUACCAGUUUGCGAUAAAUUCCCCUAAUUUCCCCCCAAUCCCCCCUCCGCUCCCUCUCAUUCCCCCCUCUGCUCCCUGUCAUUCCCCCCCCCCCCUGCUCCCUCUCAUUCCCCCCUCUGCUCCCUCUCAUUCCCCCCUCUGCUCCCUCUCAUUCCCCCCUCUGCUCCCUAUCAUCCCCCCCCCCCCCCCUGUUCCCUCUCAUUCCCCCCUCCGCUCCCUCUCAUUCCCCCCUCUGCUCCCUCUCAUUCCCCCCUCUGCUCCCUAUCAUCCCCCCCCCCCUGUUCCCUCUCAUUCCCCCCUCUGCUCCCUGUCAUUCCCCCCCCCCUGUUCCCUCUCAUUCCCCCCUCUGCUCCCUCUCAUUCCCCCCUCUGCUCCCUCUUAUUCCCCCCUCUGCUCCCUGUUAUCCCCCCCUCCGCUCCCCAUAAAUUACAGCUCUGCUUUCCCAUCAAUUCCCCUACUGCACCAGGUCAAUACAGAACCCCCUCUGCUAUAA